CCUGCAACGUAGGGAAUAUUUUCAAGUCGUAAGCUAACUGUCAAUACCAUGGCUGCAAACACACGCCAGUCGUCUCUCAGAACUACCGCCAGCGCCGGCAUCGAGAAGCCACGAUCCUCGCGAGGUCGUCCAACCACCCGCGAGACCAAUCCUGGAGCGCGGCCUCGUACAACUCGUGGCAGAGGUCGAGGAAGAGGCCCAAAUCGAGCACCAGCCUCUGAUCAGCGCGCUCAACUAGCGAAACAAGCCCUUCAAUCCGGACUCCAGGCUGAAGCGAACCCUUCUCGCCCGCAGCAAGAUGCUGCGCCAGUGGAAACACGAAAACAAGUAGCUCGCAUCUCCAACGGGCCGUGGAAAUCUACGCCAUUAUCGUUAUAUUUCGUGCAGCGUGGCCAACUGGAGAACUCGCCGGACGCGGAGACGAUAGCAUUGAAUUUGAUUGAUUUUCUGCUCAGCGAAAGCAACUGGGACCCUCGCCUCAGGAUGAACAUCCUUGCUGCGAGCUGCUUCUUCUUCGCAUGCUCGUUGACUGGACUUAGCAACCAGGCCAGCGACAUUGCGAGGAGUUUCGAAGCGGAUCUCGAUAGUAAUGCAAACGCGUGGAUGGCAUAUUUGGUGGCGCGGAACGUUCAAGUCGCAGAUGUUGCCACUAUGAGGACCAGAUUGCGGCUGACGGCUUCGGAUGUCGAGGGAGGGUAUGCAAUACUAUGGAACAUGAGAAACGCUUUUCGGGAGAUUCUCGGAGACUAUGCUGAGACGUUAGAAACGUUGUCGAAGCCAAGAGGGUACUCGGUGUUGUUAUUAGAAUGUAGCGAGGCUGGGCAGGAGAAAGAGCAGGAGGAGAAGCAAAAUGAAGAAGCUGCAGCUUCAAGUUCCGAAUCUUCUACCGAGGUGCAUGAGACAGCUGCAGAGGAGCAGCUACCUCCGAAGGUAGAGCUUGUAGAAUUGGACGAUUUCGAGACUUCGAUAGAAGACUACGAAAGCUGAGCCGCUGAUCGUGCUGGGUUGGUGGCAUAGCUUUAGCACAUAAUCUGUAUUAUAAAAU